AAAAAUUCCUUAGCAACAUAAAAAAAUUCCUUAGCAACAUAAAAAAAAUUCCUUAAUAACAUAAUAAUAUUCCUUAGCAACGGUAAAAAAUUUUAGGUAACAAAAUUGGCCAAUUCAUAGCAGGGUUGUAAAAAUUACUUGAUCAAUUAGGAAUUCAAUAAUAAAUACCCGUAACACAACUUUGAUGAGCUCAUGACUGAACUACAUUUGCUAUUUGUGUACUCUAGAAUUAUGAUUUUCAUUCUGCUCACUACAUCGCGCUUAUUAUAUACCGGCUUGCUUUAAUAUUCUUGAAAUGUUCGUGAAAAAUAAUUAAUGUGGCCCGUCUUCAGGACGGGCUUUUGGGCUAGUGUAAAAUAAGUCGUUCACGACACCGAUUUCGCAAACACCGCACAGUUGCGAAGAUGUGUUGUGAAGCGACGUUUUUUAGUGACGUGAAUACCCACAUAGAUAAACUAUGAAAUACAGGCAGUUAUACACUUACUCGGGCUAAAAAAUAGUUACUAGGGUCAGAUUUUAUGUCUUAAAAUCUGCCAAAUAAAUUUUUCUUCUGGUACAGUAAUUAGACCUUACAAAUUACUACAUUUAAAUAACCCUGAGCGUUACCUAGACACUUAAUAGUCAAGCAAUUGAUGGUGCAGCAUCAACAUGUCACAGUCCCCAGAAUCCCCUGACGAUGACUCUUUCGACAUGGAGGUGGAGGACACUAAUAUCGAGGAGGUGAGUCAACCUCGGCCGCAGCAGUCAACGGUCAGGAAUGUGAAUGAGUCGGAGAUGUACUCGGAAGACGAAGAUACAUUUUCGACUACGUCUGGCGACACGCUGAGUCCAGUAUCACUGCCGUCUUCCCAGUCCUCACCCCCACUGAACACAGCCACCAGUGUCAACAGCUUUUGGAGCACACUCAUCCCUCCGGCCUUCCUCCCACGAGGCUCCUCCGCCACCAGGAUUCGCAAUGGGAACAGAGUCUCAAAGUCACUCAGAGUCUUCUCCGUCGCCAUGCUCCCUCGUCCGAGGCCUGAGCUCGAGAAUGGAGGCAAAAUGAUUCUACCCCCUUCGUUCCUUGCCGCCCUGACUAAUCGAAAUACGCAACUAAAUGGACCCAUGCUGUUUCGAAUUUCCAACGACGGUGCCAACAAGUCCACACAUUGUGGUGUUUUGGAGUUCAUUGCGGAAGAAGGCCGAUGUUACAUGCCGUACUGGCGGAUGCACAAUAUAGGAGUUAAUGAAGGGUACAUGGUCACAGUGGAGAACAUCACUGCACAGAUUGGAAAGUAUGCACUGUUUGAACCCCAGUCGGUGGAAUUUUUGGACAUUUCCAAUCCUACAGCUUUAUUGGAGAAUGCCCUCAGGAACUUUGCGUGCAUUACGAAAGGUGAAAUUAUCGUCAUCCAUUACAACGAUAGGAUUUAUGAACUCAAAGUAUUGGACACCAAGCCGUCCGAUGUCCUCAACAUUAUUGAAUGUGACAUGGACGUCGACUUUGCCCCUGCAGUUGGAUUACCAAAAGAAACUUCAAGAGACGAUGUGGAAGAGGAGAGGUCAACAGAGAUGCCAAUUUACUCUACGAUUCUCCCUGGGUUCAUCCCUUUCGAAGGAACUGGGUGUCGUUUGAACGGAAAACCUGUGGCUGAGACUCCUUCCACUCUCACGCGAAAUGCACCAAGAGGGCAACCAGAUUUUCAAUGGAAAGUCGGAAAUUUACGAUUUAUUCGGAAGUACCGUAAGAUUGCACCUGCAGUGGUUGGAGGUCAUCCAAGUACUCCGAAAAACGAACCAGGUACUUCUUUUAAAGGCCGUGGAUCGACUCUCAAGGGAGAAAACACUCAUCAAAAUCACACAUGAAAUAAAAAGUUGUCCUGACUUUUUUUAUUUAUUUAAAAAAAUAACCUAAAUCCUCGUACAAAAUACUAUACGUCGCUGAUGAAAUAUAUAGUAUAGCUUUUACCUAUUUUAAACAAUAAUCUCAUUCAAAAUUUUGAGGAACAUUAGUCGAUUUUAUUAAAUCCAAUGUCAGACUAA